CGCCCACACUACAGAUAACGACCGGAGCUCGAGCGGAAGGAGCCCAGUAUACGUAAAAGAGUCCAGGGGAGCGGCGCGUGGAGCGAACUCUGUUCCUCGCGCCGGAGCUGGAGGGGCUCGCGGAAGGCCAUGGACCACAUAGGGAUACUGGGGGCGCAUCUGCAGCAGCACACGCACGUAGAGCCCAUCAGCUUCGGAAUUGACCAGAUCCUCAGCAACGUGGAGCAGAGCUGCAUGCUGGGCGCGAGGAUGCACGAGCCGGACUACGGACAUGGGGCCUACAACUGCGGCGCAAGCAACGGCGUGAACAGCGGCGGAAGCGGCGGUGGCGGCGGCUACACAUACGGUAACGCCGGAUACAAUGGCACCGGCAGCUCGUGCGGGAUGGCCUCCCUCGGGGGGGCUUAUCACAUGAACAUAGGCGUCAAUGCGAACGGGACUAACGUUAGCUCCGCCGGGGUCAUCCGGGUCCCCGCGCACCGUCCUCUAAGCUGCGGAAACUCCUCUGGGCUGCCGGUGAGCGGGAACAUCAACAACCUGAACGCGCUCACGUUCCCCUGGAUGGAGAGCAACCGGCGUUACACCAAAGACCGGUUCACAGUAUCCCUCUCACCCCUCACUGUGACGCGUCGCGUAGGUCACCCCUACCAAAACAGGACGCCCCCGAAGAAGAAGAAGCCCCGGACGUCCUUUACGCGGCUGCAGAUCUGCGAGCUGGAGAAGCGCUUCCACCGGCAGAAGUACCUGGCUUCGGCAGAGAGGGCCGCCCUCGCCAAAGCCCUGAAGAUGACCGACGCCCAGGUCAAAACCUGGUUCCAAAACAGACGCACCAAAUGGAGGCGGCAGACUGCGGAGGAGCGCGAGGCGGAGCGGCAGCAGGCCAACCGGAUUCUCAUGCAGCUGCAGCAGGAGGCUUUUCAGAAGACCAUCAACCAGCCGCUGACCCCGGACCCGCUGUGCCUGCAGAACAGCUCGCUGUUUGCCUUGCAGAACCUGCAGCCGUGGUCUGAGAACACCGGUAAGAUCAGUAGCGUGUCGGCUUGCGAGUAGAGCUGCACGUCAUCCGCCGGUAUGCGGCAGAGACAUGCGCCGCGGGCCCCGCUGAGGUGCCCCCGCGCAGUGGAGACCCGAUCUUGGCUUUCGGGUUAUCUUUCUGCUCUUAUCACACAUACACUGGUGCUGCAGCUAACAACAGCUUCAGACGGGGUCCAUCAGCACCACCCAUCUAAGGUCCACAGUCUGAUCUGGAUCCCAUAAGAGGUCUUUAGCCCUGUAGACUGACAUUUUUUGGAAAUAUUUCGGAGUCAUCAUGAUGAACAAUAUACAGUACUCCAUAAAAGUGCAACAAAAAAAGGCCCCCGAGAGGACCAGGACAGACUGGCAUCAGUGAGUUGUUGUAUCAUAGUUGACCUAUAAGGGACUUGAUGUUUCAUAAACAGCAUAUUUUCAUAUUUGUGUACAUCAGCGUCAGUCUGUGUUUAUCCGCCAUGUUUAUGUCCUUUUUUUUACUGAACUGCAAAAUAACAGCACUUGUUUUUAGCACCUUUGUAUAUGAAUUCAAACACAAUCUAUCAGAAAUGCAAGAAGGAACCCCAUGAGAUGAUUUACAGCAAUGGACCAGGAUAUCUGUCUAUUUGACUCUUUUUUAAUAAUUUAGGGAGAAAUGGGCCACAAGCUUCAGAUUAAAAUACAAAUCAUAUUAAAAGACACAGUUGAAUACAUUUCACAUUCCUAUGGACUCUUAUUUUUUUACAAACUGUAUUUUCCUAUGUUGUGUGGAAGCAGAUCUCAGACCUGUGAGCUGAGACUAAACACAAACAAAGACCAGUGGUGUGUGAGUGUGCGUGUAUGCUUCAAACGAUUGCAUUCAUACUGAUGACAAUAAUAUAUUUUAGACACUGAAAUUAAUUUAGUUCUCCCUAAAUUCAAAGUCUAUCUAGCAUUUUCAGCCAUAUGUUACUUAGAUUUUUUAGAAAAUACAUUUUUUAUCAAAUGUUUAUGUCCAUGCCGCAUAUAGAUUUGGUCACUCUUGAGUAAACCUAAAGGCGAAAAAAUUGUUCCUUGUUUUCACUGUUAAUUUUUCACUUACUGAUGUUUUCCUAUGUUUUUGAUCAUCUGGCACAAAACACAACUAUAAACAUGACACAUUAUACAUAUCUUACAAUAAUGACAAUAAGCAAGAUGUGUCCAGUCUUGAAGUUGCAACACAAGGCAGCUUUGUGUUCAUAUUUAGAAAACAACAGAGUAAAACAGCCAUUGGUGAGAAACACCGGGACGCAAAACCAAUAUAAACAGACAACACCAAGGCUGGUUGACUGCAGGUUCCCACAUUUUACAACUUUCUUUAGAAACGUGGAAGUAUGCAGCAGUAAAGUACAAUAAUGACUGGCUUGAUAAGAAAACCUGCAACAACAAAUUAUUAUGCCGAUAAUCAUCAAAACAUGCUUAAAGGAACAGUCUGUAGCAUUUAGGCAUUUAUUGUCAGGAAUGGAGUAUAAUAAUGAUUUCACAUAAGAAUGGUGUUUUCGUUACCUUAGAAUGAGCCGUUUAUAUCUACAUAUAUGGAGCUGGUCCUCUUCACGGAGUCCGCCGUGUUUCUACAGUAUAGCCCAGAACGGACAAACCAAACAUCGGCUCUAGUUGGGGCCAUUUGCGUUUUUCGGCCACUCACAACCUCACUGUUGGUGGCGCCAAAUCAUACACACAGUCCCUUUAAAACUCCUAAAAUAGCACUAAAACAUACCGGAAUCACUUUAGUAUAUAUUUUGUUAAAAUAACAAAUAAUUGUAUUGCACCACAGACAAAUCAUUUUUUUUAGUGAAAACCAUUGUUAAUAACCUAGUCUCACUCCCAGGGUGUCAAAUAUUGAUGCUCGGUCAGUGGCCCGCGGUGUUUUAAUACCCUCAUACGAGACCCUUUAGAGUCUGUAUGAUACAUACCAGGCUUUCAACUGAAUAGUGUAAACUCGCCUGCCUCACUAUUAGAUGCUCAGAGGAACUGACGUAGUGUUAAGAGUGAGAAGUCCUCUAAGGGUGGGUGUGACAACCAAAUCCAGGACUUUCACUCAAGAGACCUCUGUUCGUGUCCCAUGUGAAAUCCAAAGCUGAGUGAUUUUUACUGCCCACAUUAUGUCACAUGACAUUAUGUUCAUGUGAUGAAACGCCCGAGUUGCACAAUAUUCUACAUACCGAGCUUACGUUGCAAUCGUAUUAUUUUAAGCCAUAUCAUGUUUUUUUUCUAACCCUAAGUGGUUUUGUUGCCUAAACCCAAUGCCAUCGUUUUCACAACAUUAACCACGUGCACAACGUUAACUGCACGAACCAGAGAAAUAUGAGUUGAGAUGAGAUCAUGUUGCUCUUUAGUUAAGACCAAACUAUGUCAAAUAAAGGUCCUCCUGCAUUAAUAAAGGAUAAUUAAACAGUAACAUUGUGUGAGUCUGUUCUUUCUUAUGUGAUAAUUCCUGUAUUUAAGUGCGAGGAAAUUCACGAUUAUCCCGUUAAUUGAAAUCCACCACCAUCAACUCUGCUUUUUAUUAUGAUCUGCAAUAUAAUUCUGUAUUGUACCAUCAUAUCAUAAUUGGCAUUUUCUGGAAACCAAGAGAUACAUUGAAUGUGGAUGUUUCAAAACCAUAAAUACGUUUCAUGUCAGCCUCGUAUCAUGCUUACAAAACCACACAAUGGCACGUGGGUAACGUUGUGAAACGAUUGGCUAGGUUUAGGCAACAAAACUACUGUCAUGGUUUGUGUUAUAAUGGUAACAUAACAGGUAACAGCGUAACGUGACACAACAUGAUGCAAAAAUGUGACAACAUAACAAGUGUAAAUCAAUAACCACCUUUGCAGACUUUCUCAUGAAACGUUACGUAACAGGCGUAAAGUCAACAUUUUAUUUUUUAGUAAAACGUCCUGUUUGUUUGACCCAUCCACCACCACCACCACUCAUUAGAGUUUCUCGCUUGUUAUACUCAUUAUUAUACCAUGUAACUUUCCGCACUCGAUAUACUACAUCACUUGCUCUGACCGAAUGCACAAACGUCCACAUUCAAUGUAUCCAUGGUUUUCAGAAAUGUACAAUACACAAUAUCUCCUGGGCUGUGACAUGCUUCUAAUGCGUCUCUAAUGUUGAUGUGUUGAUGUGAACCAACUCAGAUUUUUUGGCUCAUUUUACAAAUGCUGCUCAUAUGUUCGGAAAU